CAACCUCGAUCUCUGCAUGCAUGUCCUGUCCCGCCUCCGCGCCCGUCCGUCUCUCUGCUUCCUGGCAUCGCCUCUCGCAUGUGCCACCGUUUCUCCGGUUAGCUUCCGCUCGCCGCCCCCCUGCGCCCAUCGCCACCCUCUCUUCCAUUGCCCCGGAGACCCCAAGAGGCCAAGCCUCUGUGGCCAGGGAGGAGGCGGAGGCGGCCACAGGAGAUGGUGGGUUUGGAGCUCGGUAACAGAGGCCUCGUGCUGCGCCUGGCCCUGCUCGCUGCCCUCGCCGGCUUCGCUGCCGCCGGAUUCAUCUCAAAUGAAGCGCUCCUCUCGCCCGGCGGCGCCGGCCGGAGCUUGCUGCAGACCAAGAAGGAUUGCCCGGUGACCUUCGACGGCGCCAACUACACGAUCAUCACGAGCCGGUGCAAGGGUCCGCUGUACCAGGCGGCGCUGUGCUGCGAGGCGCUCAAGGACUUCGCGUGCCCCUACGCCGUCUACAUCAACGACCCGGCCACAAACUGCGCCGCCACCAUGUUCAGCUUCAUCCACCUCUACGGCAAGUACCCGCCGGGCCUCUUCGCCAACACCUGCAGGGAAGGCAACAGCGGGCUCAAGUGCCCCGACGACAUCCCGCAGGUCCAGCCGGGCCAGGAGGGCAAGAGCGCCGCCGCAUCCGCUGUGCCGGUGGCCAUGUUGACGGCCGGCGCCACGGCCUUGUCCGUGCUCAUUGUAUUGUCUUGAUCUGUUGAUCUGGUUGUCGUGGCCAGAAAGCAUGUAACUGGGAAACCGUGCUUCGGUGCCGAUUUCUGCUGCAUGCGUAUGUAAAAACUGAAUUCUUCACAGGGUGGUAAUUGACCGAUUAACAUUUUAACUGCCGUAGGUUGUUGAUUUUUUUUUUCUUCACAGUGCAUGAACCCAUGUUGCUAUGGAAAGGGGCAGAAAAUUGUAUGUCGGGUCAUUCCUGAAGAAACAUGAUUAGUACACUGUUAAUUUAUAGAUACCUAA